AUUUAAGAAUUUCAUAAUCUAAUGCUUGAACCACAGAAAUGUAAAAUAUACCCGUCGUAUGGUUUAUUUAUAAUUUUAUGUGAAAGCCUUUGAACUCUUUAUCAUAAUAUGUGUGAGAUCUGAGGAAUUAUUUAUGGGUCGUCCAGUUAGUUUCGAUAAUGUGUGUGUAAUUUUCUCUAUAUGUUAUUUGUUAGAAAGUUAUUAGUAAACUGUGUCCAUUGUCGACGAAUUUCUGCAGUUAAUAAUGGACAAUAAAGACGAUGAAUUACCUGACAAAGAUGCGGCCAAAGAAUUUUAUGCUAGAUAUGAACCCAAAGAAAUACUGGGCAGAGGUGUCAGUUCGACUGUGAGGCGGUGUAUUGAAAAAGAGACUGGAAUAGAAUUUGCGGCUAAAAUUAUAGAUCUCAGCAAUGAUCCAGAAAGCAGAGAAGCUACUAUGGAGGAGAUUAACGUACUUAGAUUGGUUAUUGGACAUGAAUAUAUUAUACAUUUGCACGAUGUAUUUGAGUCAGAGACAUUCAUAUUUUUAGUCUUUGAACUCUGCAGAAACGGUGAAUUGUUUGAUUAUUUAACUAAUGUUGUAACAUUAUCUGAAAAAAAAACCCGGUAUAUUAUGCGGCAAUUAUUUGAGGCUUUACAACAUGUUCAUAAGCAAGGUGUUGUGCACAGAGAUAUUAAACCUGAAAAUAUUUUACUUGAUGAUUCACUUGACAUUAAACUCACGGAUUUUGGAUUUGCAAGUGUUCUAAAACCAGGUCAAUUACUUAGAGAUUUAUGUGGUACUCCAAAUUAUUUAGCACCAGAAGUAUUAAGAGUAAAUAUGUUUGAUGAUGCUGAAGGAUAUGGAUUCUCCUGUGAUCUGUGGGCAUGUGGUGUGGUUAUGUAUACAUUAUUAAUUGGUUGUCCUCCAUUUUGGCACCGUAAACAAAUGAUUAUGUUGAGAAAUAUUAUGGAAGGAAAAUAUUCAUUUGAUUCUCCGGAAUGGCAAGAUAUUUCUGAUUCACCAAAAGAUUUAAUAAGAAAACUUUUAGUUUUGGACCCAAGUGAUAGGUUAACUGUAAAUGAAGCACUGGAACAUCCAUUUUUCAAUGUGAAAAUGUUUGAUCAAGAAAUUGCACCACUUAAAAGAACACUUAGCAUGAGAUCGACAAAAUUCAAUGAAAUAUCCCAAUUAGCUAAACAAAUAAAAGUACGACCAUUUAAUGCUCGUAAGAAAUUUUUGUAUGUUAUUCUUGUUGUGCGUGUGAUGGUAAGAUUAUUAAGAUUAUUACCGUGUUCAACUGGUAAAAUUUCAGUGAAUUUGGUUAAACAAGACCCCUACCGACAUAAAAUUUUAAGAAAACUUAUUGAUGCAAUGGCAUUCAGAGUAUAUGGUCACUGGAUUAAAAAAGGCGAAGGACAAAAUAGAGCAGCUCUCUUUGAAAACAUACAUAAGACUGAAUUAAAAGUAAUUUAUAUGAGUAAUUUAUCACCAUCUUUGUAAACUUUGAGUAAUAUGAUUGUUAUAUUUAUGAUAGUCAUUAUAAUUUAAUUAUUUUAUAAAAAUAAUCAACCUAAGUCUAAUUUAAACUAAUGUCUUCCGUUGUGAACUUCCAUCUGUUAUAUUGUAUUGUUGAUAUUAACUCUUAAGAUUAAGUACUUGUUAUUAAUUCUAGUACAGUUGUUUUUAAUUAGUUAAAUAUUAAUAAAAUAUUGUUUGAAAUGA